AAUGAAUGUUAUAUGAUUUACUGAUUGCUGUGAUUAUAUGGGUAACAUGUACAUUUUGAUUAGUGUACUGGAUGAACCACCAUUGAUUGUACUGAAUGGACCGGUUCAUUUUUCUGCGAAGUUAUUUAUCGCGCUUCAGUAUUUUACUUACUAAAACAAAAUACAGAAGUUUUUUUAUCUAAAUGAACUAAGGAGAUGUGAGUUAGGAAAUAAACCAAAAUAUCUAGUUAACGAAGACUUAAGGGCGCAAGUUCAAUUAUUCAUUAUUCAAUAUAAUAUUAAGAAGUAUUAUGAGACAUCGAAAAGCAACAGCACUAAAAGGUGAUUGGGAUCCCAAUAAUAUGAUCCAAGCAGUUGAAAAUGUUUUAAAUAAAACUCUAUCUGAAAGAAAAGCUGUUGAGAUAUUUGGAGUCAAACGUUCAACUCUUAAGAGGCGAAUAAAAGAAGCUUGACUAUCUCAAAAUGGAUUGAAUAAGUUGCAAUGUGUUCCAUAUAGUAAGAGUUCUAUGAAAAUUUUUUCAGUAACAGAAGAACAAGAGCUGGUUCAAUAUUGUUUAGUUUCUGCAAAAAUGGGAUAUGGGUUAAGUCCUAUCAAGCUAAGAGCACUAACAUUUGAAUAUGCUCUCAAACUUGAGAAGAAGUGUCCACAUUCUCGUCGAGGUUCUGCUAAACCUUGGGAAACAAAUAAACAUGCAGGUGUAGAUUGGUUUAGAGCUUUUUUAAGUCGUCAUCCAGAACUUGUUAUAAGAAAACCAGAGGCAACAUCAAUUGGUCGAAUGUCAGCAUUCAACAAGUAUAAUGUAAAUCUAUUUUAUAAUAAUCUGCAAAGUCUUUUGAUUAAAUACAAGUUUUCACCAAAUGAUAUAUGGAACGUUGAUGAGACUGGUGUUACUACUGUACAAGUGCCAGAGCAUGUUUUAGCCAAGAGAGGAGAGAGGCAAGUUGCUUCUGUUACAAGUGCAGAACGAGGUAUCUUGGUAACAAUGUGCAAUGCAGUAAAUGCAAGUGGAUCCUCAAUAACACCAUUCUACAUAUUUCCACGUGUUCAUUUUAAAGAUUUUUUUCUGCGAAAUUCAAUUCCUGGUUCUGUUGGCACUGCCAACAAAUCUGGGUGGAUGGUGGAAUCAACCUUUAUGGAGUGGUUUAAUCAUUUUAUAAAAAGUGUUCGACCAUCUAAGACAAACCCUGUGCUGUUGAUACUAGAUAAUCAUGAGUCUCAUUUGUCAAUUAACUUUAUUGACUUAGCAUCAGAUAAUGGUGUAAUUGUUUUAACAAUCCCACCCCAUACAUCACACAAACUGCAACCGUUAGAUAUAACAGUGUAUGGACCUUUCAAACGUCAUUAUAAACGUGAAAUUGAUAGCUGGUUGGUAUCACAUCCAGGAAAAACUGUUUCAAUCUAUGACAUUGCAGAAAUUUCUGGAAAGACUUGGGCAAAAGUAUCAAUGCCAGUUAACAUCAUUAGUGGUUUUUCAGUAUCUGGAAUAAGUCCUUUUUAACCUGAUCGGUGGAAGGAUGAGGAUUUUUUUUUAUCUCAGGUUACAAAUAGACCCAAUCCUGAAACACUCAACAUCAAUCCAGUGUCAUUAGAAAUUAUUAGACCUAAUCCUGAAGCACUUAACAUCAACCCAGUUUCAGUUGAAAUUAAUAGACCUAAUCCUGAAGCACUCAAUAUCAAUCCAGUUUCAGUAGAAGUUAUUAGACCUAAUCCUGAAGCACUCAACAUCUAUCCAGUUUCAGUAGAAAUAAAUAGAAAUGUUAAGGUCAACAAAAAUGUUAGCAAUACCCUGAAUGUGGAAAGUAUACGCCCUUAUCCUUCUGCAAAAGCUCGUUUAGAAAAAACCAAAGGUGCUCGCAAAAAGCUCUCCUCUUCGAUUCUAACUGAUACUCCAAUUAAAGAGGCUCUUCGAAAUCAACAACUUCAGCAAAAUUUAAAAAAACAAAACUUUUCUGAAAAACAAAAAGAUGCUAAAAAUAAACGUCAAAGGAAAUCAAGAAAGAAAUCAAGCAACUCAAAAACUCUAAAGUUUCCAUUAAUGACAUAUAAUAAUGAUGAGGCUGAUGAUAUUCUUGUUGAAAGAAAUGAUAAUGGUGUCAAAGAUAGUUUAAAUUUUUGUGGAGGUAUUACAUCAAAUUACGAUUUGUGUGCUAUAUGUGAAGAAAUGGGUCGUGACAACGAAGUGUGGUACCGUUGCAGACAGUGUGCGAGCUGGGCACAUAAAGCUUGCACAAGUGCAGAUAAUGCCAGCCAAUAUGUUUGUGAUUAUUGUAAUUUGAUUAUCUGAUUGAGACUUCGGUCUAAAGUUGUAUUAAUUAAUUCAGAAAUAUCAAUGUUUCAACAUA